UUCAAGAUGGAGAACAUCUUUGACCACUAUGAUCUGCUGAAGGUGAUGGAAGGAACGGAGAAGCGCCCGGAGAACGACCCGGAGAAGAGCCCGUGGGUGCGGAAGAGCGCACAAGGCUACCUUCUACUUGGGCAUGCGUUGGGGAGCAGCCAAAUCCGUCACAUCAAGCCUUUUCAGCGUGAACCAGCAAAGGGACCAAAGGCAUGGGCUGCUCUCAAGGGUGUACACGCUCCUGCAACAGCAGCGGUGGCUGUGGUUUUGGAGCGGCAAAUGGCGGCACUUCGAAUUGACGAAGGCGAACCGGUGGAGGAAGGAGUACAGAAAUUCUUCGACUUGUUGACACAGCUCGAAGGAGCUGACCUGAACUACAGUGACCUUCAAAAGAAGACCAAGCUGCUGGCCUUACUUCCGGACUCAUGGUCCUCGCUCAUCAUCAACCUUAAUCAAGAUCUGCCCCGUCUCUCACUCGAAGAUGUGAAGCGGGAAAUCUUACAAGAAGAUUUCCGCCGUCGCGAAUUGGCGGGUCCCGAUGGUGCCGGAAAUGCAAGCAUGGGCCGUGGGCACGGCCGUGGAAGGGGCAGAGGGCGAGGAGGAAGAUUUGGCAGCAGUAACUUCAAUGGAGGCCGUGGUAAUGGAGGAUAUGGCAGCAACAACAACAACAAUGGCUACGGGCGUGGGCGCGGUCGAUUUGAUGGCGAAUGCCACUUUUGUCACAAGACCGGCCACAUGUGGAGAGAUUGCUUCAGAUUGCCUGAUGGAUGGACCCCUUCUCAAGGCCAAGAGGGCAGAGGAGCAAGGGGAGGAAGAGGCAGAGGUCGUGGAGGCCGUGGUGGUCGUGGAAGCGAAGCGGCAAGCAUGAAAGGUGGAGACUACGACAAGGACUCGAGUGAAGAUCGAUACCCGGGCCAAUUCUUCUUUGUCUCCACGCAAGCGGCAGCUGCAGCAGGAGGUGUGGAAGGCUUUGAGGAGCCAGCUACUGUGGGAAAGGUCACCCUUCACUCUCUGGACUUUUGGGUGAUCGAUAGCGGCGCCACCUACAGCAUGACACCUCGUGCGGACUUGCUCACCGAACUCGAACCGUCGCCGGUCAAGCAUGUUACAUCGGCUUUGGGGCAGCGAGCAGAGGUGAAGGGCAUGGGCAAGGCCAUGUUCAAGGGUGCUGAUGGGAAGAUGGUGGGCCUCAAGAACGUGCUUUUGGUGCCCAACCUAGCAGCCAACCUGAUUUCCGUUCGGCGUUUGCAAAAGGCCGGCAUGGACACAUCUUCCAAGGGAUCCAAAACCUAUACCGCAAGGCUUGGUGAGCGGAAGCUUUGGGACCUUCAUGAGGACAAGGACAUCUACAAUGAGAUGUGGCAAAUCCCAUUGGUCCCCAUGCCUAAAGAGAGGCAAGUGGCAGCAAGCGUCAGCACCAAGCGUGAAGCGGUUGGUGGCGGUGAUCACGGAAAACAAAGUGACACCAAGAGUGACUCGAAGGAAUGCAACCUUGGAGAGACCAGCAAGGCGUGUGAACCCAAGGAGAAUGGUGCAGCAGCCAAAGAAGGUGGAAAUGAGGAGGGGAAGGCUAAGAUCAGCAAAGCAGCAGCGGCAAAGGAGAAAGGAGAGAGCUUGUGGGGCACAAUUGCGAGUGCCGCUUUCUCCAACCCGACUUCCGCUACGGGAGAGUGUGAUUGGCUGACCUUGCAUCGGCGAAUGGGGCAUAUGGCAUUGCCCAUUUUGCAGCAGAUAGUUAAGCAAGAGAUGGUCAGUGGGAUACGUGUCAAGGGGGAGCCCAAUGAGGUGCUUGGCUGUCCAACAUGCAUGCAAGCCAAGUUCACCCGCUACCCGUUCCAUAGCUCAGAGACAAUGGCGAAGGCACCACUUGAUGAGGUGGUGAUGGAUGUGGUGGGCCCCUUGAAGCUUGGAGCUGCUAGAGCAGAGUACUUCCUCACCAUUGUGGACGUCUACACUCGCAUGACUUGGGUGUAUGUGCUGCCCAAGAAGAGUGAUGUAGCUGAGACGGUGAAGACCGAUUGGUUGCCGAUGGUGGAGCGGCAACAAGACCAGCUUGUGAAGGCGAUUCGCACAGACCGUGGGGGAGAGUUCCUGAGCAAGGAUUUCUCAACUUGGCUGAAGAAGCAGGGCAUAAGGCACUCUCUUACCAUUCCCUACUCUCCUGCAAUGAACGGCAUCGCCGAGCGUGCGAAUCUGACACUCACGGAGAUGGCUCGGGGACUUCUCAUUGAAGCCGGUCUACCCAAUUACUUUUGGCCGGAUGCGGUGCGGCAUGCUUGUGUGGCCAAGAACAGAGCCUUGACUCAUGUGGGAGAAAACAAAUGGGUGCCCUAUGUGGAGUGGAUUGGAAGGAAGCCGAAGGUGGACAUGCUUCGGGUGUUCGGGUGCAUGUGCAUGGCACUUGUGCCUAAGAAACUUCGGCACAACAAGCUUGAUGCCAAGGCAACAUGGGUCGUGCACCUGGGCAUGGCUCAAAACAGCAAGGGAUGGCUUCUAUGGGACCCAUUUACCAAGAAGUUCUUGGUGAGUAGAGAUUGCAAGUUCAUGGAGAACUUACCGUACAAGGAGUGGAAGGCGGAGAACCAAGCGAAGAUUGGUGUGCGGCUUGGAGAGGUGAAGAGGACCGGCUUGGAGCAUGUGGAGCUGCCCUUGGAGCUGAGUAGCAGCAGCACAAUCACGAGGCAAUCUCCCCAAAUGAAUGGGGAUGAGGAGGAGGAGGAGGUGCUGCAAGGUAAUGAGCGUGCACCGCCACUUCUGCCUCGUGCUACAAGUGCUCGCGAGAACCGACCGGACUUACCGCAAAGCCAUGAGAGCAUUCAAGUCCCUGCAGCAGAGGAGGAAGGAAGGGGGAGAAGGAGGACUCAGCCCCCCAAUAGGUUGAGCUAUGAACGGCUUGGAGGACCAGCCAACUCAACCUUGACCGGUUCGGCUCUCAUGCUAGGUGAUGAUGCGGAAGAUGAAAGCGAGGAGUGCGCUUUUGCCUUCUUCUCUCCGGUGGAGAUACCGGGGGAGCCUACAAAUCCCAAGGAGGCUUGGGAGGGCCCUAAUGGGAAGGAGUGGAAGAAGGCCUCAGAUGAAGAAAUGGGGAGCAUCAUCGAGAACGACACGUUUGACUUGGUGAACCUACCUCUGGGGCGUAAGGCGAUUUCUUCCAUGUGGCUCUUCAAGCGCAAGACCGACGCCAACAGCAACAUUGAGCGCUACAGGAGCAGACUGUGCUCUCUAUCUCUCAUUAUAGGCACAUCUACGCAUAUUGUGAUUAUAACAAUGGCCAGGUGAAUGGAGGUUUGAGAAUGUGGAGUAG